ACCUUUUGAGUUUAGUUGGUUUGGGUUCAUUCGGACAGUUAGUCUGUUUAGCCGGCAGAGCUUAUCACUGAAUACAAAGGCAUUUGCGGGAGGGACGUGGAAAAUACAAUCAAGUGGAAUAGGGAAGUCAAAGAGGAGCCUUGCUUUUGUGUCUCCCUGAACUGUACAUAUGGCAGAUGCGGGUGCUACGUGGGCUUUGGUGUGGCUGAUUAGGUUGCAGGGCUCCUUCCGAGCGGUUUCUCGUGACCCUGCGUGAGAGUGGCAGGCGCCGUGCUGCCUAGGAUUCCCAGGACACAGCCGCUGGCGGCGCUGCACUUGCUCGAAGGGGCUUCCCAGGGUUAGCUGCCAGUUUUUCCCGCCGUCACGGGUCGCAGGCGACGUUGGUUCCCUCACUGGGGACCGUCGCGGCCGGAGGCGGGGGUCGCAGCGGCUGCUUGGGGCGGCGCUGGGCGGGCGGGCGCUGGGUCCGCCCCACCGGCAUCCUUGGCCUGACUUCCUUCUGCAGUGGGCGGCCGGCCCAGCUGGAGGAAGCGGCGGCGGCGGCCACGAUGAGUGCGGGCGACGCAGUGUGCACUGGCUGGCUCGUUAAGUCGCCCCCGGAGAGGAAGCUACAGCGCUACGCCUGGCGCAAGCGCUGGUUUGUCCUCCGGCGAGGCCGCAUGAGCGGCAACCCCGAUGUCUUGGAGUACUACAGGAACAAGCACUCCAGCAAGCCCAUCCGGGUGAUAGACCUCAGCGAGUGUACAGUGUGGAAGCAUGUGGGCCCCAGCUUUGUUCGGAAGGAAUUUCAAAAUAAUUUCGUGUUCAUUGUCAAGACUACCUACCGUACGUUCUACCUGGUGGCCAAAACUGAGCAAGAAAUGCAGGUGUGGGUGCACAGCAUCAGUCAGGUCUGCAACCUUGGCCAGCUGGAGGAUGGUGCAGCAGAUUCCAUGGAGAGCCUCUCUUACACGCCCUCCUCCCUGCAGCCAUCCUCUGCCAGCUCCCUUCAUACCGCCCAUGCUGCCAGCUCCUCCUUGCCAAGAGAUGACCCAAACAGUAGUGCUGUAGCCACUGAGGAAACCAGGAGUGAGUCAGAGCUUCUCUUCCUUCCUGAUUAUCUGGUUUUGUCCAACUGUGAGACUGGAAGACUGCACCAUACCAGUCUACCUACCAGAUGUGAUAGCUGGUCAAACUCAGACCGCUCAUUGGAACAGGCUUCAUUUGAUGACGUGUUCGUUGACUGCCUGCCGCCGCUCCCCUCCAGUCAUCUGGUCCACCCAUCAGGCCAUGGCAAGGGAGCUCAGGCUGCCCUGAUCUGGAGUAGAGAAAUCAAUGGGCCACCCAGGGACCACGUGUCUUCUUCACCAUUGCUGGAAAAUUCCUUAAGUUCCACCAUUCUGGUAGAUAAAAAUCAAGGUUCUUUACCCUGUGGAGAAAAAGAAGUAGACAUUAUGUCCAACAUUCCGCCUCCCCGCCCCCCUAAGCCAAGCCAUCUCUCUGAGCGGCGCCAAGACGAAUGGAGUGCACACAGCGGCAGCAAGAAGCCAGAGUGCACUCUAGUUCCAAGAAGAAUCUCUCUCUCUGGUCUAGACAACAUGAGAACCUGGAAAGCUGAUGUAGAAGGCCAAUCCUUAAGACACCGAGACAAGCGGCUUAGUUUAAACUUGCCAUGCAGGUUCUCCCCGACAUACCCCACAGCUUCAACCAGUACUGAAGACAGCUAUAUGCCGAUGAGCCCCCAGGCCGUUGCCUCUGGUCUUGGACCCCACUGCAGCCCUGAUGACUACAUUCCAAUGAGCUCAGGAAGCAUCUCAAGCCCACUGCCUGAGCUACCUGCAGACCUGGAACCUCCCCCAGUGAAUAGAGAUCUCAAGCCUCAGAGGAAAUCGCGGCCACCUCCCCUGGACCUGAGAAGUCUCUCCACCAUCCGGGAACAUGCAUCUCUUACCAGGACCCGCACUGUGCCUUGCAGUCGAACCAGCUUUUGCUCUCCAGAAAGAAAUGGUACUAAUUCUGCAAGAUUUUUUGCUAAUCCUGUUUCCAGAGAAGAGGAAGAAAGCUACAUCGAAAUGGAGGAGCACCGAACAGCCAGUUCCCUGAGCAGUGGUGCUCUUAUGUGGACAAAGAAAUUCAGCCUAGAUUAUUUGGCUCUGGACUUCAAUUCAGCAUCACCAGCCCCCUUGCAGCAGAAACUUCUCCUUUCAGAAGAACAAAGAGUAGACUAUGUUCAGGUGGAUGAGCAGAAGACACAGGCUCUCCAGAACACAAAACAGGAGUGGACGGAUGAGAGGCAAUCCAAAGCAUGAGAGGUGCAGUCUCGCGCCGUGUGUGCAACGGGAAGUGUGGGGUUUCUUUCUACUAAAAACAUACUGAUGGUCAACGCAGGUUCAAAACCAAGAGAGAAUAUGUAGUUGUCAAGGUCUUGGCCAUAACCUUUAGGAAAGAAGACCUGUUUAUACAUUGAAAGAAGAAAAGAAGGAAGCAGUUGCCUUCUGGAGGGGGCUCUGAGAGAAUCUAGCCUCUCCCCUGCCCUAUCAGAGUGAGUGUUGCCACCAACAGAAUUCUAUUGUUUGCUUCUAAUACCUGAAAUUCUGACCUCUCUCCUGUGCUUCAAUAAGAAUAAUAAAUUAUCCUAGCAAAGGGGCAUCUGGAGACCACCUUGUUCCAGACUCUGAAGACAGUUGAGGAGAUUGAGCCCAGUGAUGGUGGCAGAAUCUUACUCCAAACACUUCAGCAGACUAGUCAUUGCAAUCCCCAAAGAAAGACAAGUGACAGUGGCAAUGGAUCUCAGACUCUGAGAUAGGUAUAUCAGAUGACACUGAUGGCUUUAAGGACAUUGUAGCCAGGGAUUCUGCUGCUCUUGGCUUUUUCCCAGGCAUCAUCUCAUCUCUUCUCUGAAAGACCUUGGAAGAUAGGCAUGGAAGAAAAGAACACUGAGAACUAGAGGAGGGAAUGCUUCGAGACCCAGAGUCAGGCUUAGAAAAGAGUUGGCCAGGCUCAUUCCACAACCUCAUACUUCCUCUGAGGAUUUUGACAAAAUGUAUCAGUUGGGUGAGCCUUGGAGACGUGUGGGAAACACCUGCAGACACAGGAUGAGUACUCAUCCUCUCUCCCUUUCAUAGGGAUCCAAACAGGUGCUUGAUACUUGAAAGGUAUGCAUGUCAAGUGAGGGUUUCUUUGUGCAAUGUUCAACUGGAAUUCCAUAUUCAGCAGUUUCAAUGAGAAAUACCUACUGAUCGUCAGUCGGAAGGCCAUUCUCAUGGUCCCUUAUGCAGUGUGUUUCCCUGUGAGCUGCCUAAUGGUAGCAGACGAAUGUUUACGGCCUUGGGGAAGGCAUAGGUGGUCCUUGGCUAUCGUAUGAUGGAUCCAAGCUUUGGAGUGAUAGAUAAAAGUGACCAGGAAGAAACCUAUGAGUUCCAUUCUUAGAUUUUCUAGCUAGUUGCUCCCUUCCGCAUCAUGUCACCCCUUCCUUCACAGGUCCUGGGGUCCAGGAGACUCAGAAUGAAGGUGUCAUUUGGAUGUGAAGUGCUAUUUAAGGCCCAUGAUAGUGCAGCUGGGGCAGUUGUAUGCUUUGCUACAGGCACAUAAAUGCCAAAGUCUUAGUUUUUCAGUUCAUACAAGAACUCAUUUUGAUUUUCAAAGAAGCAGGCUCUGCUGACAUUAUUUUCUUAUUUGGACAACGUGGGGGACAUUUUCUAGUAUUUUAACUGAGUUCAGGGUACUUAGUGAGCCUGGACAGAGCAAGGAGAGGGCUCCCCACUCCCAAAGCCUGCAGCCAGCUAUUCAUCACUGUACACAGCCAGAGCCUGUGAGGAGCUGCCUUCUUCCUCAUGUGACUUGCAAUGAAUCUCAGGCAAGAAGCCAGGGCUUCAGACUACUAGUUCCCAUGGAGGGUAGUUUCCCCAUGUGUGGGCCACUUGUGUUAGCAUCAUUGAUUAUCUGACAAGAACCACGCCAGAUUGUAGACAGAAAAGAACAGCUGAAAUUAUGUCAGUAGUGAAAUGGCACUCAAUUGAACCCCACAAAAGAGAAAAGAACUCUGUUACUACAAAUCAUUUCCAAAAACGUAUUUAUAGCAUGAAGAACUACACACAUGGGUAGUGUGACCUGUUACUUAAAAACGGAAUGCUCUGAAUAGGCACUCUCUACAUUAAAGGUAUGGAAGGUGACAGGGGUCAGAAUUCUAACUCACUCCUCAUUUCCAGGGUGUAUGCAAUCACGUCCUGCUUUGAUAAAACUGCUAGAGGAUGGCUAUACAAAAGCCUAACGAUUUAAGGAAUCAGCAAAGGCACCAUGAGCCAAAAGAUUGGUUUUGUUGGAGAUGAUCAAUGUGUGUGUGUGUGUGUGUGUGUUUCUGACCAAGGGCCUGAUGUUUGUUACAGAAAUGAUCCCAGACACCUACAAGAUGUGGGAAUCAGCAUUGUUAUGCAGUUAACCCCGCAUUGUUUUCUGUAGUUCCUUUUGUUUCAUUUUCUUCUGUCUUGUUAGAAAAUUCCUCCAAAUCAGGGGUUGUCCAGUGCAGGACAGGGAACCCAAGAGUCUCAAGCCUGCAAGUCCAGAAGGUGACAAACCCAGGAGCACUUGGAGUUAAGCUUUCCUUGGAGAAGAAGAGCCUUGAGAUCCAGCACACAGUGUGGCUAUAAAGGCAUGAAGCAUCAGCCAAAUCAUGACCUUCAGGUCUGAGCUGAAACUGAAGGUUCUCUUCAGGCCUGGCUCUUCCCUCAGUCCCUGUUCAUACCACCUCUGCACCCACAAUCACACUGACUUUUCAAAUUCAUUUUGUUUUUACAAUUUCAUUUCUGGCAUUAAUAAAAGUCUUAUAAGGA